AAGGAAUAGGUCUAAUCUGAUGGUGACAGCUGACUGCCUGAAUCUUAUCUCUACCAAAAUUAUGCUGCGGAAACAACAUUCUAAUCACAUAUGUCUGUUAUAAGAGAGAUUAACCUUAUUAUGAUCAUGCCAGGUCACUGCCACCUCCCCGUUAUCAUCGUCAACUUUGUUUUUGCUUUUAACAAACGCCACCACCAUCACCCCGCUGAGACAGAUUUUCUAGCUGCUUCAAUCAAUCAUGGAUAACCCCAAAAGCAACGGCCGUGAUUUUCCCUCCGACGAUCAUGAUUACCUAUCAGGAUUCGGCAACACCUUCGAAUCAGAAGCCAUUCAUGGAGCUUUACCACGUGGACAGAACAGCCCUCUCAUAUGUCCUUAUGGUCUUUAUGCUGAACAGAUUUCUGGGUCUUCUUUCACUUCCCCUCGCAAACUCAGUCAACGCAGUUGGCUAUAUCGAAUUAAACCAUCUGUUACACAUGAACCAUUUAAGCCACGGGUUCCAAGUCAUGGAAAGAUAGUCAGUGAAUUUGAUAAAACAGAUAGUUGUACAACAACACCAACUCAGCUUAGAUGGAAGCCUGUUGAUAUUCCUGAUUCUCCCACCGAUUUUAUUGAUGGGUUGUUCACUAUUUGUGGUGCUGGUUCUUCAUUUCUUCGCCAUGGAUUUGCUAUUCACAUGUACACUGCUAAUAAGUCGAUGGGUAAUUGUGCUCUAUGCAAUGCUGAUGGUGAUUUCUUGGUUGUUCCCCAAGAAGGGAGGUUAUGGAUCACUACUGAAUGCGGAAAGCUGCAAGUCUCUCCUGGUGAAGUAGUUGUUUUACCUCAAGGGUUUCGUUUUGCUGUAGAUUUGCCAGAUGGUCCAUCACGUGGUUAUGUUGCUGAGAUUUUUGGUACCCAUUUUCAGCUUCCUGAUCUUGGACCAAUAGGUGCUAAUGGUCUUGCUGCUCCAAGGGAUUUCCUUGUUCCCAAGGCCUGGUAUGAGGAGGGUCCUUGUCCAGGAUACACUAUCAUACAAAAGUUUGGUGGAGAACUAUUUACUGCAAAACAGGAUUUCUCUCCUUUUAAUGUAGUUGCCUGGCAUGGUAAUUUUGUUCCAUAUAAGUAUGAUCUCAAAAAAUUUUGCCCCUAUAAUACUGUUUUGAUUGAUCAUAGCGAUCCAUCAAUAAAUACAGUUCUGACAGCUUCAACUGAUAAACCUGGUGUGGCAUUGCUUGAUUUUGUCAUCUUUCCUCCUCGAUGGUUGGUUGCUGAGCAUACUUUCCGACCUCCAUAUUACCAUCGUAAUUGUAUGAGUGAAUUUAUGGGCCUGAUUUAUGGAGGAUAUGAGGCAAAAGCUGAUGGGUUUGUCCCAGGUGGUGCGAGUCUUCAUAGCUGCAUGACUCCACAUGGUCCUGAUACCAAGACAUAUGAGUCUUCCGUGGUGGCAAUCACUUCUUAAGCAUACGAAUUUGCCAGGUGUCGGAUGCAUGAAGAAGAAGAAGAGUGCCUCGGAAGUACUAAUUUGCACUCAAACACAAGCGAACAUUUGCUAAGGUGACUGCAUCCUAAUUUUUUCUUUGCACAAUUACAAUUUGAGGAGAGGGAAGAGGUGGGUCUCAAACUCAAGACCCACCCUGGGCAUAAACGCCUGUAGUCACCAGGCUACAUGUCUGGUGGUUAAGGUGACGGCAGCUAAGGUGUCAAACGGAGUGACCAUGCAUCAUUGCAAUUACACCAUAAGCUGCGGUUGGCAAAUUUACUCAGGAAUGUGAUUGUGAAUUGAUUAGAUUAAUACAUUGCUUGAUGAUAGAAAGUGCCCUAGAAGGUUUUCCUCUAGGAACCUCCGCAAAGCCCUUUUUAGUACAUUAACCUUGGAGUUGGCAAUUGAGUGUUUAAUUGAGAACUUUUUUAUUAAAUAGGAUAUGGCCUAUAAGUUGAAAUAUCAUGUAUUGGACAUGUUGAAUAAAAUCUCACGGCAAAAAAUAUUUAAAUAUCAUAAUAAUACAAAUUGAGAUGUCUAUUAGAUUAAAUCAAAAGUUAAAUUAUUAAAAUGACCAAAUAGUCAAAGUUUAAAUAUCUAAAUAUGCAUUUAGCUUAAGUUUUUCUUUAAGCAUUUAACUCAAAAAGAGUACCAUUUUCAUGGCUGCUAUGUAUUCAUAUUCUUUUCAUUUAUUUUCAUCUUAAGGUAGAAUUUGGUUUCAUUGACAAAUUAAGAUGUGUUUUAUUAAAGAUAAAAUGUACCAUAAAAUUAACUUGAUUGAAACAUAGAAGGAGAUGCACUGCUGCAAGGGGGAAAACAAAUUAUGUCAUGCCCCCAGGUUCACAGAGCAUUGUGAAUCUAGGUCAUUUAUUAGCCUGAAUCAUGUGCUGAAGUAAAGUUUUAGCAUGGGAUUCAUAGGUAGGGAGCAAUCUCAACGAUGAAUUUAUAAUUUAAUAGCGAAAAAUCUAUAGUUUAUAGACGAUAAAAGAUAAAAAUUUUAUUGAUGAAUAUGUUAUUAAUAUAUGAAUCUUUUUUUUUUUUCCUUAUGUUAUGAAUUUUUGCAGUGUAAUUUAUGAAAUUUAUGUAUACAUUGUAAAUGGCUCACAUGCUUAUGGGAAAAUUGUUGCAUUUUUUUUAAAGAAUCACAAUGUCUACUAUAUAUAGGUAGAACAAAUAAGAGAUCUCUGGCCAUAUCACUUUUCUAAUGAAAAUGGUCACAAGAGUACUGUAUAAAAUUAAUAUAAUAUAUUCUCUUAGCUA